AUGUCUGUUGAACCAAUUCUAACCGGAGGCUGUGGCAAUGUACCACGUGCACGGUUCAACUUUGGAAAUGAUCAUGCAGACAAUGGACGCCGGAUUAGGUACGUUCCUCUAAGUCGUCCUAGCAACAUGACCAUGUUGCGAAAACAAGAUCAAACAACUUCUAUGACUGGUUGGCUUGAAUUUUGUUGUGACGAUGAUGAUGUUCGUCACAUGACGGAUGAAAGCUUAGCACCUUUUCACGGGAAUCGAAGGAAUGCUCCAGUAGAGCCAAUCGACAGCUGGUCGAGAGGAAUUGGCCGUCGUCUUCUCGUGGAACUGAGCUUCGAAUCUCUUCACCGGACACUUUCACUCGAAAUGGAGCUAAGCUCAACAAUUAUGAAAUAUCCUCAUGCGCAUACCAUUCCAUAA